AUGCAAUUAACUCAAUCAUAUGGUCUAUUAGCUGCAGCUUCAGCUUUAUUAGCUUCAAGUGUAUCUGCACAAAAGGCUUACGAAGAACUUUCCUUCGCUAAUGUUGGUUUUGCAGGUACUUACUUCCCAGUGAAGAAGCUCUCAGAUGUCACCAGUGAAAGUAAAUGUACUUGUGAAAGAGGUUCUGCUACUUGGUUCUCUGGUACUAAUGCCCCAUUGGCCGACCAUUUAUCCGUUCAUUUCCGUGGUCCUUUAAGCUUAUCCAAAUUCGCGUUUUAUACAGCUUCAUCCUUUGCUAUUGAUAACAAUGGUAACUCUUCAGAUUGGACCCGUGAUGCUUAUUACGAUGCUUCUUCUCAAACAAGUGAAAACUUGACCUUUUUAACUAGAGCAGGUUCCAGUUCUCCAUGCCUAGGUAAUGCUCUUUCUUACGCUUCAAGUAACGGUACUGGUUACGCCUCUGAAUCAACCGUCUUAGCCUCUGAUAACUAUAUUAGUUCUGAUGCUGAGUUUACCAUUUUCUCUAAUACUGCUUGUCCAAAGUCUGGUUACAGUAAAGGUUGUGGUGUCUACAGAGAUGAUAUCCCAGCUUACUAUGGUUUCGGUGGUACUACAAAGAUGUUCUUAUUUGAAUUCGAAAUGCCAACUGAAAAACAAUCCAAUAGUUCUACUUUUGAAUAUUUUGAUAUGCCUGCGAUUUGGUUAUUGAACGAUCACAUUCCAAGAACUUCCCAAUAUCCAACUAACUCUAACUGUUCCUGUUGGUCUAGUGGGUGUGGUGAAUUCGAUAUCUUUGAAGUCAUGAACGGUACUGAAAGAAACCAUCUAUAUUCUACAUUCCAUACUUUCCAAGGGAUUGAGGAUCUAGGUACUGGUAUUCAAUCCGGUGGUUACAUUGCUAGAGAUACUAGUAGUACCAUGAUGGGUGGUGUAAUCUUUGACUCUGAUGGUAAUACUGUAGUAUUUGUCUCUGACUCUACUACUUUUGAUUCUACUGUGACUUACGAACAAGUCAGCAAGUGGUUAAGUGGUGUCUCCAAGACUGAGGAAUUAUCUACUACUUUGAUGACCAUCUCUGCUACUGCACCAACUACUACUUCAAAGUCUAAUGCAGUCUCUUUCUCAAGAUUAUCUAACGAUUUCGUUUACUAUCUAUUUGCUUUGGUUGCUGGUGUCUUCCAAGUUAUUAUGUGA